CCAUGGGGGCUAUUAUCAUAGACAUAGAUCUAGAUCUAAACGCUUUGUAUAAUUUUCCUGUAUUAAUUUUUUUUUUUAGUACCAGUAACAGUUUUAAUUUUACCCCCGUCAAUCACUUGACUGUAUAUUAGAAAAGGCUGAAAUAAACAACAAAAAGUCCUCUAGAUACAAAAUGACAGACCAACAAACCACAAAUUUACCUGAUGAUAUUUGGCUAAUUCGGCCUUGUGAAGUUUACAAAGAAGAGUACAAAGAUUGUAAAAGUUUAUUAAGUCGAGUUUAUCAGCAUUAUGUUUAUGGCACACAGCAAGACUGUAGUCAGUGGAUGACAGAUUUCAAUAAUUGUAUGAAAUUUCGGCUAACCAGAGAUACAGAAGCUGCAGUAUCUUUAGUUGCCAUAGAAACAGAAAGAAGACAGAAAAGAUUGCAACUAGCCAAGGACAAUGAUGUGUGGGAAUACAGAAAAAGACCACCCCCUGAGUGGUUAGCUCCUCUAGAAACUAAAUAAAUACAUAUUUCUCAUACUUUAUAUAAGUUUCCUAAAUUAUAUACAAUACAAUAAAGUACAAAUAAAAAUA